GCUAGAAACCACUUAGCUACAGCCAACCGCCCAAUGCAGCACUCGCUCUCUCCCCCCACCAGCGGAAGCGCCCGCGGAGCACAAUGCAGCACUGAGGCAGCCCCGCGGCGGAGGCUGCAGCGCCUGGGUCGCCACAGCUCGGGUCGGGGCUGGGAGCGGGUGGCUCAGGCUAGCCCCGGGCGCGGGGCGCGGGGCGCGGGAUCCGGCCGCGGCUGCCUGGGCAUGAGGAGCUGAGCAUCUCGGGCGAGGCGGGCGGACGGCAGCACCAUGCAGGCGGCGGCGGCGACGGCUGUGUCCGUGCCCUUCCUGCUGCUCUGCACCCUGGGGACCUGUCCCCCGGCGCGCUGCGGCCGGGCAGGAGACGCCCCGUUGACCGAACUGGAGAGGAGGAACGAGAACCGCUUCCUGGAGCGCCAGAGCAUCGUGCCACUCCGGCUCAUCUACAGCUCGGGCGGAGAAGACGAAACUGGACACGACGGGCUGGACACGCGGGUGCGGGGCGACCCCAGCAGCCGGCAGUUGACUCACGUUGACCAGGCAAGCUUCCAGCUGGACGCCUUUGGAACAUCUUUUAUUCUUGAUGUCCUGCUAAAUCAUGAUUUGCUGUCCUCUGAAUAUGUGGAGAGACACAUUGAACAUGGAGGGAAGACUGUGGAAGUAAAAGGGGGAGAACACUGUUACUACCAGGGCCACAUCCGAGGAAAUCCUGCCUCAUUUGUGGCAUUGUCAACAUGCCAUGGACUUCAUGGGAUGUUCUAUGAUGGGAACCACACCUAUCUCAUUGAGCCGGAAGGAAAUGACACCUCCCAAGAGGAUUUCCAUUUUCAUUCGGUUUACAAAUCCAGACUGUUUGAAUUUCCCUUGGAUGAUCUUCCAUCUGAAUUCCAACAAGUAAAUAUCACUCCACCAAAAUUUAUUUUGAAGCCAAGACCAAAAAGGAGUAAACGGCAGCUUCGUCGAUAUCCUCGUAACGUAGAGGAGGAAACCAAGUAUAUUGAACUCAUGAUUGUGAACGAUCAUCUCAUGUUUAAAAAGCAUCGGCUUUCAGUGGUACUUACCAAUACGUACGCGAAAUCUGUGGUGAACAUGGCAGAUUUAAUAUAUAAAGACCAACUUAAGACAAGGAUAGUAUUGGUUGCCAUGGAAACCUGGGCGGCUGACAACAAGUUUGCCAUAUCUGAAAAUCCACUGAUCACCCUACGUGAGUUUAUGAAAUACAGGAGGGAUUUUAUCAAAGAGAAAAGUGAUGCAGUUCACCUUUUUUCGGGAAGUCAAUUUGAGAGUAGCCGGAGCGGGGCAGCUUAUAUUGGUGGGAUUUGCUCGUUGCUGAAAGGAGGAGGCGUGAAUGAAUUUGGGAAAACGGACUUAAUGGCAGUUACACUUGCCCAGUCAUUAGCCCAUAAUAUUGGUAUUAUCUCAGACAAAAGAAAGUUAGCAAGUGGUGAGUGUAAAUGUGAGGACACGUGGUCUGGAUGCAUAAUGGGAGACACUGGAUAUUAUCUUCCUAAAAAGUUUACCCAGUGUAAUAUUGAAGAGUAUCAUGACUUCCUAAAUAGUGGAGGUGGUGCUUGCCUUUUCAACAAACCUUCUAAGCUUCUUGAUCCUCCUGAGUGUGGUAAUGGCUUCAUUGAAACUGGCGAGGAGUGUGACUGCGGGACCCCGGCAGAAUGUGUCCUUGAAGGAGCAGAGUGUUGUAAGAAAUGUACCUUGACUCAAGACUCCCAAUGCAGUGAUGGUCUUUGUUGUAAAAAGUGCAAGUUUCAGCCUAUGGGAACCGUGUGCCGUGAAGCAGUAAAUGAUUGUGAUAUUCGUGAAAUAUGCUCUGGAAAUUCAAGCCAGUGUGCCCCCAAUAUUCAUAAGAUGGAUGGUUAUUCAUGUGAUGGUGUCCAGGGAAUUUGCUUUGGAGGAAGAUGUAAAACCAGGGAUAGACAAUGCAAAUACAUCUGGGGGCAAAAUGUGAUGUCAUCAGAUAAAUACUGCUAUGAGAAACUGAAUAUAGAAGGCACGGAGAAGGGUAACUGUGGGAAAGACAAAGACACGUGGAUACAGUGCAACAAACGGGAUGUGCUCUGUGGUUACCUUUUGUGUACAAACAUUGGUAACAUCCCAAGACUUGGAGAACUUGAUGGUGAAAUCACGUCUACUUUGGUUGUGCAACAGGGAAGAACGUUAAACUGCAGUGGCGGGCAUGUUAAGCUUGAUGAAGAUGUCGACCUUGGCUAUGUGGAAGACGGGACACCCUGUGGUCCCAAGAUGAUGUGCUUAGAACACAGGUGUCUUCCUGUGGCUUCCUUCAACUUUAGUACUUGCUUAAGCAAUAAAGAAGGCGCUGUUUGUUCAGGAAAUGGAGUUUGCAGUAAUGAGCUGAAGUGUGUGUGUAACAGACACUGGGUAGGUGAAGACUGCAGCACUUACUUCCCUUACAAUGAUGAUGCAAAGGCUGGCAUUACGCUGUCUGGCAAUGGUGUUGCUGGUACCAAUAUUAUAAUAGGCAUAAUUGCUGGCACCAUUUUAGUGCUGGCCCUCAUAUUAGGAAUUACUGCAUGGGGCUAUAAAAACUAUCGAGAGCAGAGACAGUUACCCCAGGGAGAUUAUGUAAAAAAGCCUGGAGAUGGCGACUCUUUUUAUAGCGACAUUCCUCCUGGAGUCAGCACAAACUCAGCAUCUAGUUCUAAGAAGAGGUCUGCUUUUCUGUCGCAUUUUCAGAUUUCUACCUGUUCCAUCACACAUUAUUCCAUUAGUCAGAACAUUUCAUUAUUUUGCAGCAGGUCAAAUGGACUUUCUCAUUCUUGGAGUGAAAGGAUUCCAGACACAAAACAUAUUUCAGACAUCUGUGAAAAUGGACGACCUCGGAGUAACUCUUGGCAAGGUAACCUGGGAGGCAACAGAAAGAAAAUCAGAGGCAAAAGAUUUAGACCUCGAUCUAAUUCAACUGAGAGGGAGCCCCAAGCACCUGAGCCUGGGCACUCCCUCGCCCAGACAGUCCCAUCCCAAGGCAUAAGCUCAGGGGGCUCUGACAGCCCCCAGACAGGGAGUCUGGAUCACAGGUAUUUAAACCCAUGGUUCAAAAGAGACUAUAAUGUAGCUAAGUGGGUAGAAGAUGUGAAUAAAAACACUGAAGGACCAUACUUUAGGACUUUAUCUCCUGCCAAGUCUCCUUCUUCGUCAACUGGGUCUAUUGCUUCCAGCAGAAAAUACCCUUAUCCAAUGCCUCCCCUUCCUGAUGAGGACAAGAAAGUGAACCGACCAAGUGCCAGGCUAUGGGAGACAUCCAUUUAAGAUCAGCUGUUUACAUGUGAUACAUCGAAACUGUUUACUUCAACUUUUAUACAAACCCAGCCUCACGGAAUCACUGCAAAUCUAUCUGCUCUUCAGACAAUUCAAAAACAUCUCUGAGAAGCCACAGAGGAGAGGAAGCCAAGCUUCACAUCUGGAUACCAUUUUCUUUUUGUCAUUGGCUUAGGAUUUAACUGAACCAUGAAAAGGACUACUGAAAUGUUACACUAUAACAUGGAACAACAAAGGUACUGGUAUGUUAAUGGAUAAUCCGCAUGACAGAUAUAUGUAAAAAUAUCACUAAAAUUAACUCACAUGACCCAAAUGUAGCAAGUUACUAAGGGACAAUAGUGGAUUCAGAACUUGACAUUCUGAAGCACAUCCUCAUUGUAGACAGUCAGUAAUGCUAUGUGCAUGAAGCUUCUGUUUAUUGUUUUCUACAUUUAAGGAAACAACAUCCCAUAAUAGAAACUAGCAUGCAGGGCUAAGGCAUAUAGGAUUUCUUCUGCAGGACUUUAAAGCUUGAGAGACCAAUAUCCCAUAUGCUAACUGUAAACAUGUAUUUUUCUUUUUUCUUUUUUUACUUUUCAUAUUUAUAUCAGCAUACAAGGACAAUUGUACAUAUGUAAACAUUUUAAAAUUAAAAAAAAAAAGCAGCUGUUACACACAAGUGUAUUUUGCCAAAUGCCUAAAAACAAUCAGUCACAAUCACGUCAUUGUCAUCCAUCACCUGUUCUUUAAAGAUUAUAAUCGGACGAUGUUGUAAAUAUCGUAAUCAGGGCUGUAUGUGUGUCUCCCCUUAACUGAUGUUUGUCUAAACCAUGUGCUAGCCUUUUAAAGUGUACACAGUCUGGAGGUAGUUUUAUUGAACAAGAAAACAAAAUGUCCAACCAAACUUAGGGCCUCCACAGCUUGCUUCCUGCCUCCAGGCGCUCUGCUGCCUGUUGGCUGGCCCCUGGGGAUCCUCCAGCCUGUCCAUCUUCUUUCUGGGGGCUACAGUGCCUGCCUCAGCAGCUGUUCUUUUUCGGCACCAGAGCACCUCUGCUAGUCUCACCCCAGGGGGCCUGUGAGCCCCACAGCAGCGUGUCCUGCUGAGAUCAAACAAGUGCGCCAAAGAUACAGGAGACCACGGCUGCUGAUGCUUCAGAAACUCCCACCUUGCCAAUACUCCAACCCUUUGUGGCCUAAACUUUUGUUCUUUAAAAAGACUUUAUAGCCACCCUUAUCUGUGAUGUGAAUGACUUGUUUUAAUGAAAACAACUUUUACACAGUUUAUUAAGGAUAUUUAUCAUCAGUGGGAUGUGAGUCCCAACAAGUCAUUCUGCACUGAUUUGUAAAUAAGACAUGGAAGGUUCUAUGAGGUGGGCUGGGAAGCCUCAACAGGCCACAGAGGGUUCAAAGAAACCUAAAACCACAAAAGUGAGCGACUGUGAAGUUACCCAAACAGCUGGCACGGGGAAGAAUCUGAUGUCCUGAACUUUCUUUUUUUUUUUUUUUUUUAAAUCCAUAGAAAAGUGAGAAAUCUGUGUUAAAUCCCCCUCGUUAAAACCAAAGUUCCAUAGCUAUCAUCAUGCAGCUCUGUCAUUUUUAAAGAAAACUUCUCUCCAGAGGCUAACCUAGUGAGCUCAGAAAUGGAUAGGAUCAAUCAAAUGCUUCAAUGGGAAGAGUACUUCUGAAUUUCCUUAUUUUCUCUCCUUUUUCUUGAGAGGGAUGGAAUCUGCAGACAAGAUUUCAGAAAUAUCCUUUAAGUUUGAUCUCUCCCAGUACUGUCUGAGAACAAAACCCAUUUCAUCUCUAAGUAUAAUCAUCUUGGAGUCCCAAACCGAAGGGCCCCAUUAGAAGGCAGCAUUUUAUACUUUAUCUGUUUAUGUCUUCUAUAAUGGCCUCUCCUCUGAAAGUCAUUGAAAACAUUUGAAAAGCAAUUUAAUUAUCCCAAAUGAUACCGUUAUAAGCAGCAUUUUUCAUGACAGGAAGGGAUGUGAUUGUCGAGACCACAAUAAAAUGAUCCAUCAGACUCAAGUUUGAGUGGGUGUUGGGUGAUAUUGCCACAUGGCUCAAGCCAAGGACAGGAGGGCAGACAGAUUUAAAGAUGUAGCAAAUAAAGUGGCUUUUGACCAAGAUCACUUUAAUGUGCACUGAAUGUUUUCUGGUACUGAGUGUAUAAAAGCUAAUGUUAGAAGUUUUAUUUUGACUAUAAAAGAGUUUAUAGAUUUGAAUGUAAGGUACCUCAUGUAAAUAUGCUUCCUAGUUAUGGUUACACAUCCCUCAUUUGAAAGAAUCCACAAAUGAUUAGCCAUGUAGUCAAUGAAUCCCCUUUACCUUUCUCUCUCUUCCCUCAUCUUCUCAAUUUAUUUUUACAUGAAGAUUAUUAUUUCAAGUGAAAAUCAUUAUUUGUGCCUUUGGGAGACAUGGUUGCUCUAGAGGUAUACAGUUUAUAGUCAUCUUCCUCGAUAAUAACCUUCAUAUGGAAUUGAAUGAAAAGUGUUUCAUUUGCAGAGAGACAAUGGUUUUAUAGUACUUUUAAUGCUUUAUUCUAGAUUCUACUCAAUCUAGGAAUGUAUAAACAUCCUUACAGCCAUUUGCAGCAUUCUUUGACACAUAUAUAAUUUCAGUGGUGAGUAGUGAGAAUUCCCUACAUGUGUACUCAUGGUUGGCGUUCUAGAUGUAUUGAAUCUAAAUACCUAUGACUGUUCAUCCACUGAGACAAGGAGAAUGGAGCCACGGCAGUAAACACAAGCACAGCAUUCUUCUUCUUUUUUUUAGUAUCUAUUUUGGAGAGGAACUUUGAGGCCACAUAGCAGUUUGCAUCAUGAAACUAAUGUUUAUAGCCCUCAGUCAACUAUAGGGCCAUUAUGAAAAGCAGAGAAGAGCAACUUUUUGGCCUUUGUGUCCCAUUGUAUGCCUUUUCCCUCUCUUUCUAAAGGUUUGUGCAUAGAUAAGACUUCAGUUACAAAAACCACUACAAUAUUGUAAGGUAAUUAGCCUCCAACUAAUAAAAAUAAAUGAAAAAAAAAAAAAGACUUCAGAUCGGACAACUCUGCAACCUGAGAUGUUCCAUCUAUCCAUAGUUAUUCCAGUGUAAUACGCUCUGAUUUAAAGCAACACAUACUUCUCCACUAAGAGUGUCAACAGAGGAGGUCUGGUAUCACGGAGCCCUGAAGGAACUGACUAGUCAGAUGAGCUGGCUCCGUGUCCAGCCACUCUUUCGGGAGGAAGUGGCGUACUCCUCUGGAGUCUCCCAGCUAGAAAGUGGGCGCAGGCCACAGGCAAUCUGUGGAAAGGGAUAAACUGCUCAAACAUUGCAGCAUCAGGAGGGCUCGGAAUCUGUGGUUGCUGUAUUUUUUUUUUAAGAAAUACAGUGCUUUUCCUUUAAAAAAAAGUUGACUAAUAAAGUAAAUGUAAGGUUAAAAUGCCAAAGCUAUUUUUCAGCUUGAUAUAUAGGUGCUUUAUUAAGUGAUACUACAGGUUCUCUCUCCUGCCCACUGCCCUGCCCCCUUGCUUUGAAAAGGCUUUCCAAACUGUGUUACUACAUAAAGUCAAUCUACCAUAGAUUUCUGAGCCUAAGAUUGACAGGGUUUCUAAAAGAAGUUGCUGAAAAGAUAAAAUCAGGUAUUGUGUGUACUUCCACAGAAAGACUAUGUUUGAAUUCCCAGUCUUAAAUCUCUUUUUUCUGUUGAUCCCCUUGAAGAUUUGCAUAAUUUAAUCCUGUCCAUUGUCUCAGAUCUCUUAUGGCUCCUUUACCUUUUAAGAUUUUCUCGUUUACUUUUUUUUUCAUUUAUUUUUAUUAGUUGGAGGCUGAUUACAGUAUUGUAGUGGUUUUUGCCAGAGACUGCUUAAAUUCAUGUCCAUUGAGUUGGUGAUGCCAUCUAACCAUCUCAUCCUCUGUUGUCCCCGUCUCCUCCUGCCUUCAAUCUUUUCCAGUAUCAGGGUCUUUUCCAAUGAGUCAGUUCCAAUAUAAACAUAUAUAUUUAGUGCUUUAAAUAUUUCCUUGUGUUAUUCAGCAUGAUAAUAAAUCCUUACCUAAAGAGAAGACUAUUUUAUUUCACUUUAUGUUACUUAAAUUUAAAGGAAAAGGAACUUACUGGAAUUUACUGAGUAGCUUGCCGGGAAUAUGGCAAGAGAACCACUGAAUAAAGGCAGUGAGAGAAUGAAGGGAGUCAGGCUAGCCCCUCCACAGCCUACUAGGACGCCACCCCGGCAGCAAAAAAAAAAAAAUUUUUUUUGGCUAAGCGGCAUGUAGGACCUCAUUUCCCCACUAGGGGGAACCUGUGCUCCUUUCACUGAAAGCGCUGAGUCUUAACCACUGGUCCCCAGGUAAGUCCCUGGGCAGCCUAUUUUAAAUACAAAGGUACUAGUUGGUAAAUUGACAAGAAUUUUACAGGAAACGUCUGACUCCCAUUUGCAGCAUACUUUUUAAAGCUCCUAAGUAUCUAUCAUCCCGCCCCCAUCUGUUUCCUUUAAAACUGAUAAAUGCGUAAGUGGAGUCAAAAAUUUAUUCUAUUAGCUUAAAAUAUACAAAGCAAACAUUUGUAUGGAAUAGGACUUAAUUGGAGGCUCAACCUUUAAAUUUUUUCUCCUCUGAGAUAUUUUCUGAAUGGAUAAGACUACUUGGAUUUUGGAGGCAGCAACUUUCCUCCAGCAUGAGACAGCUAAGAACUUGCGCGAACAGCUUCCUGUGUUUCUGAGAUUGUGAGGUGCUGAGACUGUGCUCCCGAAAAUUAGCUGACAGGCAGCAAUUUAUCCGGUUCUGUAUGGUGGGGUGGGGAGUUGAGGGGGGUGGUCCGAAGCAGCAACACCUGCUGGGAACCUUUGGCGCAUGCUCAUAGCAUAUGCUCCCUGGGCAGGUGCUUUUAAUUCCAGGAGGAAUUUUCCAGCAUGCCUGCAGAGGCAGAGCAAACAGAGUGGGAUCUUAGAAAUCGGGUGUUUCUGCUUAUCAGCUUGUCAGAGUACCCCAAAUGGAGCAUCUUCUGGUUCAGAUUUUAUAAGGAGAAAACAGUCGGAAACGGAACAAAAAGCUGCCCAGUAUUUUUGUCCUUUUUAUCCACAAUCUGACAAACCGUAAGCAUUCUCACUGCGGGUUUGCGAGGUGCUUCCAGACUCUUUCUACUUCCAAAGUCACUCCCCGUUCAGUAGCUGUCAGAUCUUUUCUCCUCACUAGGAACCUUCACUGUCAUGGAGGUAAGUCCCUCUGCCUGGACUGGCACUCGCGGAACCAUUGGGGGCGCAGAAUCGGGAGAGAGGCACGUUUAGCCUUCCUUUGGCAUCUGGGCAUGGAUUGUGCAACUUGGGACGUCACCAAGAAAUUGGUUCUCAGGGUGUGUUUCAGGCUGGAGGGCAGGCAAGAAACAGCGAGCCUUGGGAGGUCAUGGGGCAGUUAGCCCUGGGGAGGGGCAGUUAGCCCAGGGGAGGGGCAGUAUGGAGAGCUGCUGGGAGAGCUCAGAAGGGCACAGGUUGGCCACCGGCGGUGUGUACUGUGUGAUCAGGGCAGAUCUGUGUGCUUUGUAGUUUUACUGAGCAUUGGCUGUGUGGUCCUCACUGUCCGGUCAUAAUGGGCCAGUGACUGGUGUGGCAUGUCCCUGUUGCAUUUUUCAUAGAACCUAUAUGGUAUCUGGAGGUGCUUGGCUGGGGUUUGGCUUAAGGACAUCAUUUCAUAUUUUGGUAUCCCUCAAAUCAAAAGCAGAGAAAAAGUGUAUUUUUUUUUUUUUUUACAAAAAGGCAUACAAUGAGACUACUGUUAAGAUAAUGUGCUUACAAAACCAUCAAUACACUUUUUGAAGAAUUUAUGAGUUUAUGAAGAAAAGGGCAUUUUCCUCUCAAGUUGAAAAUACAUAUGCAUAUAAUACCAAUCAAUAUUUACUUUAGGGCUUAGCUUCUUAUUUUAUGAAGUUUCAGAUGUGGAUUUGUGUUUUGAUGAUCAAGCCCUUAAAAAUGCAAAUAGCCCCCAAAUCUUUAAACACUGCGGUGCUAAGUUAUACCAGACGACACACUACAGAAAGUGCUGAUAGAAAUUAGUACAUUGAUUCAGUGAUAAUACAAAAGUCCUUGCUAAAUUAUACACUUGUAUCACUGCCUGAUGAGAAAUCCCACUUUUCUUUUUUAAUCCAGCACAAAAUCAAACUGUGAUUCUAUAGCCAGUCUUUUUAAUGGGAAAAAAUAACCCAACAUCUUUGUCUUGUAUGGAAGACAAUUUUUUUUUAACACUAACUUCAAAAGUGCUUAGCAAACGUUAAUUCAGAAUAAUAAGCAUGUGCUCCUUUUUUAACUUGGUGGAAGAGACUUGCCCCUCCAAUUUAGCAUCACAAAAAUACAACUUCCUUUAGAAACAGCUUUUUUACCUAAACAUAGCAGUUAUAUGUUAGCCAGUGUAGGUCUGUGCUAGUGUUUUCCACAUCUGUCAUCUUCAAGGGGUAAUGUCCCAUCUACAGCUAGUGGAAGCCACUUUAUGGGAAAGUGUUCAUGGCAGCACAGUUUCACUUUCAGUAAUCAGAUAAUUAGGUGUAUAUAGUUUGGCUUCACUUUAACAUUCUGUUCUCUCUGCUACUCUGCACUUCGGGUUCUUAAGCUACUUUAAACGUUACUAUUGGGUUUUGGCAAACAGCAACUGAAAUAUAUGGCAACUGCUUUCCAGAUCAAGUGUGAUUUGUUUCAUGGCUGUUCAAGUUAUAAAGUUGUUUUACUGUAGGUAAAUAAAACCUUGCUGUUUUUAUAGGUCACUGUAACUUAAAAUUCAAAUUUAUGGCACAAUUUUAUUAGUAUUCACUUCUGAAGCUAAUAAGGUACCACGGUUUUCUAUGUUAUUCUCAUUGUAACAUCAAUAAAGUGACUUUCAAUAAAAGAUUUAUGUUAUUUUGA